AUGGUCUGGUCGUUUUCUAAUAUGCUCUUGUUAGUAAUUUGUGUUUCUUUCGCAGCCAGUAUUCAAGGCUCAUCCAGUUUCUAUGGAAAGUUGAUAUUUGGCUCGAAAACGCCUUAUUUCUGGGAGAGGGAUGCCAACCAGACAAUCGGCGUCGACUCCGGUAUGACCAUCACUCAUAACGGGAAAACAUGUACGGCAUUUUACGUAGACGCGCUGUUGCGUCAUGGCGCCCGCUAUCCAACGUCAAAAUAUAUAGCAAAUAUGAAUUCUCUUGUACCUAAACUGCGGAACUUACCGCGUGCUGCACAACAUCCCUUCCUUAACACGUGGGUUAACCGAUUCCCAUUGGACCUCAAUGGACAGCUCAGUUUUCUUGGAAGACAGGAACAAUAUUCGUUAGGAAAACGAUUCCUUUCCCGAUUCCAUUCCCUCCUACAUCCAGCAUCGGAUCGCUUCAAAUACUACGCUUCCUACAAAAAAAGAACACAAGACAGUUCUAAUUACUUUCAGCAGGGUGUAACGGGGAGACAGAUGACAGAUGACUUCAGCAAUGAUACACAACCUACUAUUAACAAUAUCAUGCUACGUUUUUAUUCUAAUUGUCACGAAUACUCUAUCAGUGUUCUGAAUAACCAUUCUGCGAUAGCGGAAUACUUCAAAUUUCAGAGAGGUCCGGAAUUCACGGCCAUGAUGAAAGCAGUGAGUGACCGUGUCACGGCUGGACACUUCAAUCUUACAUUCAGUGAACUCAUGACCGUCCAUCAGUAUUGCACUGUGGAGCUGGGCAUGUUUAAAUCCUCUGACUGGUGUUCAUUCUUUACCGAGGAGGACAUAGAAGUGAUCGAUUACGAACAUGAUUUAUAUAACUAUUGGUUGAAAUCCUAUGGUCACGCCAUUAACAGCGAGAUCACGUGCCCUAUGUUCGUGGAUGUGUUCGGAAACAUAGACAAAGCUAUUCAGGCGGACAGGGAAGGCCAGAGCUACACUGUGGGGACGUUCAGGUUUGGACAUGCUGAGACCUUACUCCCCAUCUACAGCGCCCUAUCCCUCUUCCACGACAGCACCCCUCUCUUGGCCAGCAACUAUAACGCUCACCGGAACCGGACGUACCGGACAAGCAAAAUUGCACCUUUUUCUGGUAACAUCUAUCCCGUUCUGUACAAGUGCGGCGAUGAGUUGGGAGACAUAUACCUGAAAAUGUUCGUGAACGAGGUGGAAACACCUCUUCCUGCGUGUGGCCUAAAACUUUGUCCUUAUUACUUGUUAAAGAGUGAGUACAGCGACGCCAUUAACAACUGUCGGUUUGAUGUCCUCUGUCACAAUAUCCACUCGACCAUGCCCUCGGCUGUAGUGGGAUAA